UUAAUGACGCACCUUCAGGGAUGACCGUUCGUAUUUUGUUCAAAACAAAUUUGUCCAAAGUCCACUUGGUAUCAUCCCAAAAUCUGAGAACAACGAUUGUGUAAAAAAUCAGACCGGCUAAUUCCACCGAGCUUGCAGUCAUGCCCUGGUGCAUAUGUUCCCAAACACAUGGAGCUAGCGUUCCACAUAUUCAUGGUUGAAUAUUUUUCGUCGGUACUAACCAAGUUCUGUAGGUAUGUAUGCAUGUAAAAUUAUAAUCUCUAAAGUCCAAUAAAGGGGUCUGACGUCUGGAUAUCUCUUCCAUAAACGUUGAACGAACUCAGUAGAAAAGAUUGUCGAUGACUCAGAUUAAACCGUUAUCACGAGACUAGCGUUGCCUCCACUGAUAUAAUGUUGAAUUUAUCGAAGUCACGAUUAUCCACAUUCAGUAUUGAUUCAGCAGCGGAACAGUUAAGUGGAUAGCACUCUACAUCGAACAUUUACGAAAUGAUCAGAAUAGGAGUGCAACUUGUAUCCAAAGGUGGCUGUAGUUUGGCCCAAAGCUCAAGAUGCCUCUCAAUUACAUCAACACAACUGAAAAAGACGCAGCCGCCGGCCAACAUGUCCUUCAUGGCAAACCUCUUCCGAGGAGAAAUUCAAACAUCGCAAGUGUUUCCCUACCCGGAAGCAGCCGAUCAAGAACAGAGAGAGUACAUUCAAUCAUUGGCAGAUCCCGUGCAUAGAUUUUUUGCUGAACGAUACGACGCGGCAGAAAGCGAAAAGCUGGGAGCUCCUUCAGAUGCCGUAACCGAAUUCCUCUGGGAAAUGGGGUGUUACGGCCUGAUGGCACCCGAGGAAUACGGCGGGCUGAACCUAACCAACACCGGUUAUGCAACCAUGGGCGAUGCAGUUGGGGCGGUGGAUCUAGGCCUAGCAGUGGUUCUCGGCGCUCAUCAAAGUAUCGGAUGGAAAGGUAUUUUACUCUAUGGGACCGAACAGCAGAAGCAAAAAUAUCUGCCGAUGGUCGUCAGCGGUAAAACGACUGCCGCUUUUGCCCUAACCGAACCUAGUUCCGGUUCAGAUGCCGGAUCCAUCAGAAGCAAAGCUGUCAAAAGCCCAUGUGGGAUGUUUUACACUCUGAAUGGGUCAAAGCUGUGGAUUACGGGAGGUGGAAUAGCAAAUGUGUUCACGGUCUUCGCUCAAACGGAAGUAACGGACACACGCACUGGACAAAAGAGAGAUAAGGUAACUGCGUUCAUUGUUGAACGUGACUUCGGUGGUUUAACGAGUGGACCUGCUGAAGACAAGAUGGGUAUCAGAUGUUCAAACACCACCGAAGUGUACUUUGACGAUGUGAAAAUUCCGGUGGAGAAUGUGCUCGGAGGAGAAGGCAAUGGAUUCAAAGUUGCAAUGAAUAUUCUGAACAAUGGAAGAUUCGGAAUGGCAGCCACUCUUGCGGGAACAAUGCGAGCGUGUAUAGCUAAGGCUACUGACCAUGCGAACUCCCGUGUACAGUUCGGCAAGAAAAUCAAAGAAUUUGGGAAUGUUCAGGAAAAAUUGGCUCGCAUGGCUAUGCUGCAAUAUGUAACACAAACAAUGGCUUAUAUGAUUGCUGGAAAUAUGGACAAAGGAUCGAAAGAUUACCACUUGGAAGCAGCAAUAUCCAAAGUAUUUUCUUCUGAAGCGGCAUGGCAUGUUUGUGAUGAAGCCAUUCAAAUUUUAGGCGGAAAUGGGUUCAUGAAAUCAACUGGACUUGAGAAAACGUUACGAGAUAUAAGAAUCUACAAGAUCUUCGAAGGAGCUAACGACGUGCUGCGGCUUUUCGUUGCGUUGACCGGAAUCCAGUAUGCAGGAUCACACUUAAAAGAGAUACAGAGGGCGUUCAAGAACCCAACGGCGAACUUGGGAUUGAUAUUCAAGGAAGGUUCACGCAGGGCAGCCCGUAGUAUGGGAGUCGGUGGGUCCGAUUUAAGCCAAUUUGUGGCAGCACCAUUGAAAGAUUCGGCAAAACAGUGCUCAGAAAGCAUAGAUAUGUUUGCGUUGGCUGUUGAAUCACUGCUUAUCAAGUACGGCAAGCGGAUCGUCGAUGAGCAGUUUUUGUUGACUCGUUUAGCUGAUAGCGCCAUCGAUAUCUAUGCUAUGGCCACUGUGCUGUCACGUGCAACACGGGCUUUGAACAUCAAUCUAACGUCUGCAGAGCAUGAAAUGCUGAUGGCAAAGGCUUGGUGUGUUGAGGCAAGCAACAGGGUCAACAACAAUCUGAAACGAGUUAACAAGCAUCUGCAUUUGGAAAAUUACAAAACAAUGUCUCUCAUUGCAAACAACAUCUGUGAGAACGGAGGCGUAUUGCAAAAACUUCCGCUAGAAAUAUAACGAGCAAUAAAUAAAAACUUAAUUAUUUGUUUA